AAGGGAGACCUUUACCUUUAAAACCGGAGUUCAGCAUCUUAACCACUUGAGCCACCGCAGCUCUGUUCUCUAUGUACUCCUCCCCAAAGGGCUCAGCAACUGACGGAGGAAAUGAACUGGAGGUUACAUUUUAGUGUCUCCGCAGGAAGGCAUCUAUUUCGUUCUGCAAAUUUUCAGAGAUUCGUAGGAUGGAGGAAUCUCUGGAUCUGCACUCGACAGCUUCAUUACAGAAGCUGCUCUGCUUCUACAGCUUGCAGAAAUUUAGUUUCAUUGGGAUCUGUCUUCCAGGCUCCAAACAGAAUUUUUUUGCUGCAGAGGCCUCCAGAAACCAACACAGAAAAGCUGGCAAUCAUAUCUGGAGAGAGGUUCCAAGGAGCCAGGACUUUUUCCUUAUCCAGCGCUCCAAUGGUAUUCUUUGGCGUUGGCAGAGGGGGAAACAGUGGUGGGAAAGUGAAGCUCACCCUCAAGGACGUGACAGAACUAAUUCAAAAGAAAAAAUGCUCCAGGAUAGUCGUGAUGGCUGGAGCGGGGCUGAGCACUCCCAGCGGCAUCCCAGACUUCAGGUCCCCUAAGAGCGGCCUCUAUGAUAACCUCCAGCAGUAUAAUAUCCCGUAUCCAGAAGCCAUCUUUGAACUUAGCUAUUUCUUCCAGAAUCCUAAGCCUUUCUACAUGCUGGCCAAGGAGUUGUAUCCUGGCAAUUACAGGCCCAACUAUGCCCACUACUUCCUCCGGCUUCUGCUUGACAAAGGGCUUCUCCUGCGUCUGUACACACAGAACAUUGAUGGACUGGAGCGAGUCGCUGGGAUACCUGCAGAUAAACUAGUUGAGGCUCACGGUACAUUUGCUUCCGCAACUUGCACAGUCUGUCGAAGAUCAUACCCUGGUGAGGACUUCAGGGCAGAUGUGAUGGCUGACCAGAUCCCCAAAUGCCCCGUAUGCACUGGAAUCAUCAAGCCCGACAUUGUGUUCUUUGGAGAGGAGCUCCCCCAUCGGUUCUUCUUGCACGUGGCAGAUUUCCAGAUGGCAGACCUGCUCUUUGUCAUUGGAACCUCCCUCGAGGUGGAACCUUUUGCCAGUCUGGCAGGUGCAGUCGGCAGCUCUGUCCCACGCCUACUGAUCAAUCGGGACUUGGUGGGGCCAUUUGCCUACCAGCCACAGUACAAUGAUGUAGCUGAACUGGGAGAUGUUGUCAGUGGAGUGGAGAAGGUGGUGGCCCUUCUGGGCUGGAAGGAGGAGUUGAAGGAACUAAUCAAGAAAGAAGCUGAAAAGCUGGAUGCAAAAGGCAAAUAGCAGCUUUGACCUCUACUGCUGGAAACAUUUGUCUCCUAAAGAAGCAGCUCUCAGCCCAGCCAACUAUUGCCAUUAUAUACAAGCAGAGACCUGAAGGUAAAGAUGCUGGCCAUGCUGGUAUCACCUAAUAAGUAGCCACUGGAAGAAGCAGUAUUUGGAGAGCUCCUGAAUUUCUUCCAAAUCCCAGAGACAGUACAUGUUCUCAAAGCUUUUUGGAAAUGGCCAUAAAAUGGCACACUAUGAACUGGCUUUUGUAUAGAUACUCCAGAUCUCAUGUCUGAGGCAGAGAUGGGGAUGUUCAGUACGACUGCUCCCUCCCAUGACAGGGUCGUCUGGUCUUGUUACUCAUUUCUGACAAAUCCAACAUUUUCCCCCUCUGCACUUGUUAAGCAGCCAAGAUUCGGUCAAAUGGCUGUCACAGCCUUUAUCAAAAGUAAACCUCAAAAUCUGUAGUUGAGUUCUACUAUGUAAAGAUCUGCUUCCAAGAGAUUCUUAAAAGAAUGUGAUGUUCAUUUGCCGUGUAUCAUACAUAUAAAAUAGGAAGAAUGGGAGAUGUUUAUACAGUGUUGUGACUAGAAACAAACUAUAGCACUAAGGGUGUAUUGGUGCUGCUGUUUUAAUCUGAAUUAACAUUUACCCAGCAGCUUUAUUAAUCAGAAUAAAAGCACUUUUCACCGAUGA